GACCCCCCUCGGGACAACCCCCCCCCCGCGCUCAUGGACGGGGAGGGCGAGGGGGAGGGGGCGCCCCCCGGAGCGGCGGUGCUGCUGUUCCUGCCGGGGGGGGAGGCGCUGCCGCUGCCCCCCGAGCCCCCCCCGGGCCCUACGGCGGCGGAGCUGCUGCGGCGCCUGCAGGGGGCGCUCUCUCUGCCCCCCCGCGCCCUCGGCGCGCUCGCGCUCUGGAUGAGCUCCGACAGCCUCGAGGUGCAGCUGCAGCCGCGUCACCGCCCGCUGCGCUUGGCCCGUCAGUGGCCGGAGCUGCUGCUGCGCUUCAGCUGCGCCUCCCCUGCCGACAUCGCCCGGGAGGAGCCGUGUCUGCAGCUGCGCAGGAAUGUGUUCUUCCCCAAGAGUGAAGAGCUGGAGGUGUCGGAGGAGGCGCUGCUGCAACUGCUGUGGGAGGACGCGCGGGCGCUGGUGGCCGCCGGGCGCUGCCCCACGGCGCAGCCCGAGGCGCUGCAGCUCGGGGCUCUGGCGCUGCGCCUGCGCCUCGGCCCCUUCUGCCCCACGGAGCACACAGCCCGCGGCCUGCGGCCGCUGGUGCCGGAGGUGCUGCCGCCGCCACUGCCCCGCCGCUGGGGGGCGCUGCUGUUCGGCCCCCGCGCGCCCCCCCCCGAGCAGGAGCUGCUCACGGCCUUCGCCCGCACCCCCGGCCCAGAGACCCCCGGAGCCCUCCUCGCCCGCACCUUCCUGCGGCGCUGCCACGCGCUGCCCGCCUACGGGUGCGCCUUCUUCCCGGGGGCCAUCGAGCGGCCGGGGGGGCUGCUGGGCCGGGGGGGGCUGCGCCCCGUCAGCGUCGCCGUGGGGCUGGAGGGGGUCACCGUCAUCGACCCCCGCGAGAGGCAAGUGCUGCUGUCGCUGACCUACGCUGAGCUGUGCUGGGAGCUGGUGGGCGCCGUGGGGCAGGAGGACGGCGCCGUGGGGCAAGAGGACAGCGCCGUGGGGCAGGAGGAGCCCCCCCAGCUCUGGUUGGAGUUCGAUGGCGACCACGACGGGGCCCCCGUCAGCCGCCUGCUGCGCAUCUUCUCCCCACAGGCGCCGCUCAUGAGCGCCCUCAUCGAGUGCUGCAUCGCCCUGGCCCCGCCCACCGCGCCCGAGGCCCCGCCCACCGCGCCCGAGGCCUGCCCCGAGGCCCCACCCAACGCGGAAUUGUCCCCGCCCACCGCGCCCGAAGCCCCGCCCACCUCGGGCGCCCCCUCCCGGCGGCGGCGGCUGCAGCGCCUCCCGACCCUCGACUUCGUGCGGGAGGGGCAGGAGCUGCGGCGCGUGAAGCCCCCCCGGCGCUCGGCGUCCUUCUUCGGGCGGGGGGGGGCGGCAGGGCUGGAGCAGGGCUGAGCCCCCCCACUCCUACUGGGAGCACUGGGAGACACCCCCCCACACACACUGGGAACACUGGGAGCCGCCAUGCCCACUCGGACCCCCCCCACUUCGCCCUGCACCCACUGGGACUCCUCUGGCAUGGACUGGGACCCCCCCCCGCCAAGCACAGAUUGGGAGCCCCCACCCACCCACUGGGACUCCUCUGGGAUCAACUGGGAGCACUGGGAACCCCCCAGCACCAACUGGGAAGCCCCUUGUGCCACCUAUGAACCUCUUGGCACAUACUGGGAGCACUGGAAGCUCCCACUGGGACCCCCCCAACACCAACUGGGAGCAUUGGGAGCCCCCACCCAGCCACUGGGACCCUUCCAGCACCAACUGGGAGCCCCCCCUCACCCACUGGGACUCCCCAGCACCAACUGGGAGACCCCCAACACCCACUGGGACCCCUCCAGCACCAACUGGGAGCCCCCCAGCACCAACUGGGACCCCCCAACACCCACUGGGACCCCUCCAGCACCAACUGGGAGCCCCCCAGCACCAACUGGGAGCCCCCCAACACCCACUGGGACCCCUCCAGCACCAACUGGGAGCCCCCCAACACCCACUGGGACCCCUCCAGCACCAACUGGGAGACCCCCCUCACCCACUGGGACCCC